AUGGCGCCGCCGCUCGCAGACAUCUUCAUUGAAGCGAUCUGUAAAAAGUGUGAGUUAGACUCUUUCGAUCACAUUUUCAAUGAUCCAUGAGUCUGCAGACGACGAGAACCCUAAAAAGUACUGCCAAGACUCUGUUCGGAUUUUUUUCCACAAAGAUGUGGACAAGUGCGUCGAGAAGAUGCAUGAAAAGUGCUGCAAGUUCAGCGAUUCCUACUGUGAUUGGCACGAAUCCACGUGGUUUCUCGUCGCCUGCAUUCUUCUCGCCGUUCUGAUCGUUGUCGCAGCGAUUGUCGGAGCGUCCGUGUGGUACUGCAAGAAAAAGAGAGCUGGAGGCGCCGGAGAAGCAAUCAUUUCUGCCUAG